CCGGAAUUCAGACAUAGCGUCAUCAUGACGUCAUAUACGUGCGACGCUUCCGCUGUUCGAGCAGAAAUGAAACUCUUAGCUAACUCGAAGCGAUUGGAAUACUUUUGCGUUUAAACUACACUGUUGUUUUUAAUUACGUCGUUUUUAAAAUAAGGCCGCGCGUCCAUGUUUGUAUCGCUAUCUUAAAAAGUUCAAACUAAGAAGACUCCGAAAUGCCUCGACACAAUGGCAUUCCAGACAGGUGGCUGGACUACAACGCUGUCGGCAAACGACUCGACGGGACUCGUUUUGUUGCCUUCAAAGUUCCCCUCAACCAGUCGCUGAAUAGCCAACUCUCGCCCUCCGAGGUGUUUGGGCCGUGGGAGCUGCUGGACGCCAUCAGAAGAGACCACCAAGAACUGGGUCUCAUCAUCGACCUGACCUUCACCACACGCUACUACCGGCCGCAGGACCUGCCCGCAUCCCUGCUCUGCGUCAAGAUCUUCACGGGGGGUCACGUGGUUCCCAACGAUGACACCAUCUUGGCCUUCAAACGUGCCGUGCGCCGCUUCCUGCGGGACAACGCCGAUAACGACAAGCUGAUUGGCGUCCACUGCACGCAUGGGCUCAACCGCACUGGUUACAUGAUCUGCAGGUACCUGAUCGACGUGGACGGGAUGGACCCCGCAGAGGCAGUGGAGCUCUUCAACUCGUCUCGCGGACACGCCAUAGAGCGACAAAACUACAUCAACGACCUUCACAGCGGACGCAAGCGAAGCAACAAGGGCAUGAGCCAGUGUCCGCUGGAGUUCAUCAAGGGCACCGUUGGCACUCGGCCGCGAGAACGUCAAGACAAGAGACGGUGUGACCAACCCCCACAUGGUAUCCCUGAAGAGGAACGCCCCACAUAUGGCUGCUUCCAACCAGGCCGGCCCCCACGCGAGUCCCCCCAACAUGGCUGGCACCCACGCGGCGCCCGGCAACAUUACCCGCCCGCACGUGGCCGCCACCCACACGGCACAUUCUCCCUUCCUCGGGUCGCCCUUCCCCCAUACGGACGGGGGUCAGCGCACCCGGCCGACGAGUGGGUACGACCCCAAUAUGCUCAAGCCCGCGGACAAGUGCAGCGCCCCCGCCGUCCCUCGAGGCACUACACCCCCGGAUGGGCCAACCAACAGAGUGGUGACAGAUGGGGGGGUGCGGGGCCAGGUUGGUGACGCCCUGAACAUGUCAACGGAUGGAGCAACAUGUACUUUUCAUGAACAGUAAAGCAGGUCUUUUUGUGUCUUAAUUGGAAACCAGGCUGGGAAUGCUAACGCUUGACUAGCUUCCUUGGGGCUAUCAAUUGGGGGAAUCCCAAGGUUACCAUGACAACCAAUGCUUUUGGGCGGCAGCCCAACAAAUGAAAUAAAACGAAUUUAAAUG